AUGUCCACAACAACAAAUCAAACUCUAAUCACACCAGUAAUUGAUUAUCACAAUGAGUUUAAUUUUCCUAUAGAUAGUGAAAACGUUGUUUUAUGCGACAACAAUAUCAAUUUAUCAUUAAAAUCCCGGCAAGUUACCAUAUUCAAGGGACUACUCAUAAAUCGUGUUUUAAAAUUUGAUGAGGAUAUAAUAAAAGCAUGUGUUACAAACUUUACAAUUAAAGAUAAAUUAACUCAGAUUAUUGCCAUUUGUUUUAAAAAGUAUAUAAAUUUUUAUUAUCCAGACGGGAAAUUAUAUACUUUACAUUUGCCAUUUGAUGUUAUGCUUGUUAAGAAAUAUGAAAGAGGAUUAAUAUUACAAACCAAAAAUGAGUUGUACUUAAUAAAUAAGAAUUUGGAUCUCAAAUUUGUUGAUAAAGAUACAAAUAGUGCAUUUUCCCAUAAUGAAUAUGUCACAACAUUUAAUCAAAGACCUGGAAUCUCGUUAUGUACUACUUAUAUUGAAGGAUCAAUUAAUAUAUAUCAAGUAAAAAAUUCAUCAAGAAGUUUAAAAUUCAAUUCGAAACCUACAAAAAAGAAAAAACAAUAUCUAUCAACACCAUCGGGCAAAAUUGAACCAAAAUUAAGCUUUUUCAUACUGGAAAAUAGAACAAGUACGUUAUUAUCAGAUGCAAGAAUUUUAAAUGUUGAACAACAAGCAUCACAAAAUUUGAAAAAGGAUGUCAUAUUAUCAAAAAUUGAAUCCAUUGAAAAUAAAUUAAAUAAAAAUUACAUCAAGAUUUUUAGUAUCAAUUUUGAGGAUCAAGAAGGGGUUGUAAUUUUCAAUAAACUAAAACAAGAAGUUCAUGUGUAUAAAUAUAAUUCAUAUUCAAAGCAUCAAUCGGUAUAUAAAUGUCCUGCGUUAGAUUGUAUACCGUUAAACUCAAAAUUUGAAGGAAAUUUGAUAAUAUUGUUGGACAAUGAAGUAUUAAUUGUUAAUCCAUUUCUACAAACAAGAGCAAAUUGUAGUAUUCAAUUUCCUAUAAGUCUGUUGAUUUGUUCAAACCAUGAAAAAUUAGCUGUAAGACUGAACGAUGAAACUAUAAGUUUAAUCAAGAUCAUCCUUGAUCCAACAACAGAUUUGGUUCUGUCUUGUCUAAAAUGUUUCCAGUAUUUGUCAGGAUCAACAAUCAAUCAAACAAUGUGGAUGUUAUGGAGGUCAGCCUAUAAUGGGGUAGACGAAUGGGAUGCUUUUAUUAUAGCAUUAUUAUCGUUAAUCUUCCCAUUUCAAGGUGAAUUACAAUGUACACCAAACAGUAUCACAUCUCUUCUACCGAAAGCAAAACUAUUACGACAAACAUCACAUUUAAAUUACAAUCUACAAGACCUAAUACCAUACAUUGCAUUAUCAUUACAUCUACUACGAGAAGAAUUUAGAUUAGAUACAAAAAGAGAAUAUUUACAAAAACUUGGUGCAUUGUUAAGUCAAUUAUCUGCAUGGAUGGGCUGGCCUGACAUAUGGAUUAAUUAUUAUUCAAUUUCAAUGCAUUUAGAUAGAACAACAAGAUUCCUACUGUUACAAAUUUUAAAAUCUCCUCCAAAUUUAUUUGAAUCACUAUCAAGUUUAUUCACUGAUAAUAUUGUAAGAUAUUUAUCAUUUUCACAAUUGGUUGAAGAAAGUGAUUCAGUUGAUGCUAUUGUAACCCCAGUAACUCAUAAUGUUUUGAAAUUAUUUGAAGUGUUGGUAUCUUCUCAAUAUGGACCUUCAAUCUUGGUUGAUAUGAUGAGUGCAUUAGGUAUUACAUCAUUGGAGAAAUUUCCAUUAGGUAUAGCCAUUCCGUUAAAGGAGGCAUUAUCAGUUUCACAAGAAAAUCCUACUUUUGAUUGGACUACAAAUUCACUAAAACUUACUGGUAGAGAAGAUUUGAGUAAAUUGUUAUCCAAUGAAUAUUCUAAAGAUGUUGUAUUUGAAAAACCACCAAUAGAAAAUAUAGAAUCGUUAACCAAUAAGAUUACAACAUCAGAAACAAUUUCUUCAUGGGAUGAUCAAUCGGAAGCAAAAAGGAUAAGCAUUACAAAAUUAAUAUUUGAUUUAGAUAGAAGAUAUUUUGAAAUUACAACUUUAUUACAUCAAACUAAAACUCAAACUGCUUUUUUGAAAACCGAUGAAAGCAUUACAGAAUAUGAUUUGGUCUUACUUCAAAGAAGUUUAGCUAAUAUUGUUGCAUUAAGAACCUUGACUAUACCUUUAGGAAGAGCUGCAUUGUAUUAUGGUGGUAGGAAACCUUUACUUACUGAGAAAUUUCCAAUUCCCAAAUUUAAUUUAAAUACAUUGAUAUCACCAACAAUGACAAACAUCAUACAUUCAGAAGAAAGCAUAUCACAAGAUCUAUCAGAGUGGGGUCAUUUUCAUAAUGGAGUUUCAUCAGGUUUAAGUAUUGCAAAGGAUUCAAAGGGAAUUUCAGGUAGUUGGAUUGUAUUUAAUAAACCACCAGAUUUAAAUCCACAGCAUGCGGGUUUUUUGUUCGGAUUAGGAUUAAAUGGUCAUUUGAAGAAAUUAGAAGAAUGGCAUAUUUAUAAUUAUUUAGGUCCAAAACAUCCUUUAACUAGUGUUGGUCUAUUAAUUGGAAUGGCUGCAAGUUUAAGAGGUACAAUGGAUAAUAAGUUAACAAAAGUCUUAUCAGUUCAUGCAGUUGCUUUAUUACCUCAAGGUGCAAAUGAUUUAAAUGUACCAAUAAUUGUUCAAACUGCUGGAAUAAUUGGUAUUGGGUUAUUAUAUUCAGAAACUCAACAUAGACGAAUGAGUGAAAUAUUAUUAUCACAAAUUACUGGAUCAGUCUAUCAAAAUGAUUCUGAACAGGUUCAUGAGGGUUAUAGAUUAGCUUCUGGAAUUGCAUUAGGUUAUGUUAAUUUAGGUAAAGGAGAUGAUUUAAAGGGAUUAAAUGAUACUCAUGUUGUUGAUAAAUUAUUGACUGUAGCUUUAUCAAUGAAAGAUAAUCAAUCAGUAUUGGAACUAGGUAAAUCAUGUUGUGGAGCAAUUAUAGCAUUAUGUUUAAUGUACUUGAAAACUGAAAAUUCAAAUAUUGCAGAAAAAUUAAGUAUACCAGAAUCAGAACAAUUGUUAGAUUAUAUUAGACCAGAUUUAUUAUUUUUGAAAAUUUUGGCUAAGAAUUGUAUAAUGUGGAAUCAAAUUGGUUGUAGUAAAGAAUGGGUUGAAUCUCAAAUCCCCGAUUUUAUAAUUGAAGAAUUUAAUAGAGCUAAAGGUUUUAAUAAUUUAGAUAGUGAUCAAUUAAUUUAUUUCAAUAUCUUGGGAGGUGCUUGUUUAUCAAUAGCAUUAAAAUAUGCAUCAAGUCAUAAUUUACAAGCAAGAGAUACUAUUUUAUUUUAUCUUGAUAAAAUGAUGAAGUUAACUAACCAGCUAGCAAUAAAUUAUGAUCAAAAAUUAGCUUAUAAUACUGCAAUAAAUAUUCAAAAUAUGUUAGCAUUAUCAGUAUCGGUUAUAAUGGCAGCAAGUGGAGAUUUGCAAGUAUUUAGAAGGUUAAGAGUAUUACAUAAUGAUACAAAUAAAGAAAUGGGAUUUGGUGGAUUUAUGGCAAUAAAUACAGCAUUAGGAUUUUUAUUUUUAGGUGGUGGACAAAUGGCUUUCGAUAAUUCAUUAUUUAGUAUUGCAAGUUUAAUUACAAGUUUAUAUCCAAUUUUCCCAAAAGAAAAUAGUGAAUAUGAAAUCCAUUUACAAGCAUUAAGACAUUUUUGGGCAUUAUCUAUAAUACCAAGAUGUUUAAUUAUAAAAGAUUUUAAAACAAAUGAACCAUGUAAAAUUCCAAUAACAAUUAUAUUAAAAAAUGGUAUUAUAUUAAAUAAAAUUUCACCAUGUUUAAUUCCACCAAUAAAUGAAAUUCUGAAAAUUAUAACAAAAUCAAUAAAUUAUUUUGAAAUACUGAUAAAUUUUCAAUUAAAAUCUGAAAUUUUAGAUAAUUUUUUAAAAGAAUUAAUAAUAUAUGUAUUAAAAAAGCAAAAUUAUCAAAUUUUAAAAUCAGAUAUAAGAUAUUUUUUACAAGAUUCAAAUCAAUUAAAAAUUGACGAAAGUACUAAUAAUUCAGUCAUUUUAAAUAAUUCAAUAUUUUUAAAUAAUUUAAAUUCAGUAAAUGAUUUUUCAAAUUUAAUUAAAAAAUGGCAAUUUGAAAUAUUAGAAAAUUCUAAAAUUUCAUAUAGUGAAUUAUCAAUAUUUAAUAUUAUUGAUAAUAAAUUAGAUUUAAUAAAUUCAAUUAAUAAUGAUAAUUCAAAUACAAUAAUUGAAGAUAUUUGGAAUUUAAAAUUAUUAUUUGAAUAUAGUAAUAAUUUAAUUAAAAAUGAUUUACAUUAUAUUAAUAUUGAAUUUAUAAAUCAAUUAAAAUUAAAAUUUUGGAAUAAAAUUAAUAGUAGUUAA